AAUACCAACAUCCACGUUACGCACUACACAUGCGCACACGUACGCGCGUGCAACGGACGUUCGCUACUCCACGCGGAAUUUUUACACGCAACACGUGAGUGACAAGCCGUAAAAGAUCGUUAGAAGCUCCAUUAUCAAUGUGUAUUUCAAUUUCGUUGUGCAUCAAUUACAAGAAUGUUAGAAGAUUUGUUUUUAUAUUUAAGAGUGUCCGCUUAAGAUAACAAAUAAUGUUAUAAUCGGUAAUGUUAGCCACUUUAUACGUUUAAAUUCACGUUAUGCUUUCUUAUAAAUCACAAGCUAUAACCUGUACAGCUCACUUGCGUUUAAAAUUUUGUAUUUGUUAUCAACACUGUAUCGCGGCAUUUCAGCCGAUUAAUUUGAUAUAGCGAUGGAGAGUGUGCCACAGAGUUUGGAUCUUUGUAAAAUUUGUUUAAACGAGUGUGAUUCGUAUGAGAAUCCAGCUAUAUGUUGCGAAGGGAAGUGUCAACAGAAGGUGCACGUAAGAUGUUUGAGCAGAGGUGCUUUGCCAAGUAAUCUUAUUGGAGACGUAUUUUAUGAUUUAUAUUGUACAACAUGCUCAAAUUCCAAGGACGAAUUUGUUAUUCGACAAAAAUUGCCAUGGCUAACAGCUGUUAUAUUGACGUUGUACAAUUUGCGAGAAAAAUCUAGUGGUAUAAGUCGAAGAGGAUAUUUUCAUUGGAAAUCGGAUAUAAGUAUGUUCAUUAAUAACAACUGGAAUCAACUAUUCACCAAAUCAGUGAAACGAAAAAAAAAUUGGAUUGGUACCAUAUCUGGUACAUUAUCGCAUUAUAGUGGACUGUUUUUCAAGUCAGGAACAUCCGAACUUGGAGAUCAAGGAUGGUGGAAAUUAAUUGAUAACGAUCCCCCCGAAGUUCUAGUCAAUAAAUAUUACAAAGUAUUAAAAAUAAAAAAAGAGCAUCAAGCAAAAUUGAAGUCAAAAAAUAUUGAAAAUUUCACUGUCAACUCAAAUAUUUCCUCUGACAUUUGUGAUAUUAAUGGAGUCGAAGAUGUAAAGAUCGAAGAAGAUAAUACUGCAGUAAAUUUAGAAGAAACGGAAGCGGAUUCUAAUAAUGAAAUUUCCACGAGUAUUCCCACGUGCGAAGAAUUUGAAGAUAUUUUAGACCUAGACAUCGAUAUACCAAACAUUGAAGAUUUUCCAUCUUUCAAUCUUUCGGAAAGCGCCAUUGUAGAAGAAUUGCCAUUUGAAAGUAGUAAUCAAUUACCCCAAGAGUUUGUAUCGGAUUGUCUUGAUAAUGUGCUAGACACUAUUGAAGAGUCUGACGAAGAUGUCGACGUUUCUGAGACAAAUAUAGAAGAUUGUCAAGAAAGCGAAUUAUUAAAAAUAAAAUGUGACACGGAGCAAUUAAACGAACAAAAGGAAUGCAAUGAAAGUAACAAGAACACUGAACUUCCACCACCAACUCCGUCAUUGUUCAACCAAACGGUUAGAAGACCAUGGCCCUGGGAUGAAUCAAUUAAACUCGAUCCAGAUAAGGUAAGGCCACUUAUGAGCGAACGCGAAGAAGAAUUUUUAUUGCAAAAAAUUGAACAGUACAAGCAUCUACUUGAUACUGCACCGCCUACUGUAAGGAGAUUAUAUCGUAAACUGGCUAAUCGAAAGCUGAAAAGACAGUAUGGCUUGCCACUUCUCAAUAUCGACACCUUUGGAAAAGAGACGAAAAAAGAUAUUCCAAAAAUGAAAAAAAAAUGCAAUACAGUCUUAGAUCGUUUCAUUUCAGAAGAUAUGAGCAUUUUCUUUGAACAAAGAUUGCAAGGACAUUGCGAACCAACAUCUGUACACAGCCCAUAUACAAAUAGGCUUUUAAAACCUUAUAUUAGACGAGAUGUGACUAGUUGCCCAUUAUGGUUAACCAUUAUGAAUGAAUUGUUGGCAAAAGUGAAUAGCAAGAGACCCGGAUGGAAACCUCGACGCAAUGCGCCAAUCGAUUACUCUUACAUUCGACCCCAACAUGUUCCAGCGAUAAAUAGUCUAUGUCAUCAGUUCUUUUGGCCAGGAAUAGAUUUGACAGAAUGUCUACAGUAUCCAGAUUUUACUUGCGUUGUUUUAUACAAAAAAGUAGUCGUAGGAUUUGCAAUUAUGGUUCCAGAUGUUGGAUAUAACGAAGCGUACAUCUCGUUUCUGUUGGUACGUCCAGAGUGGCGACGAGCUGGUAUAGGAAGAUUUAUACUUUACCAUCUUGUUCAAACUUGCAUGGGUAAGGAUAUAACGCUCCACGUAUCAGCCACGAACACUGCUCUUAUUCUGUAUCAAAAGUUUGGAUUUAAGCAAGAAGAGUUUGUUCAAGAUUUUUAUGAAAAAUAUAUACCACCAUCGUCAAAAGAAAGUAAACACGCAUUAUUUUUGAGAUUAAGUAGAUGAAUGUUGAGGUGCCACUAUAAUAUUUAUAAAACUGAAUUUUACUGUUAACUUAUUUGCAUUAUUUGUAUGCUAAAAGGUCGUAUAUUCCU